UUUUUUUGCAGUGAUAUCGAUAAGAUAGUGGCGAAUUUCAAUAAUUACAUUAAAAUAAUUUCUUAUCGCUAUUAUAUUAUGUCGUGUGGUGCAGUUUAAGGCAUAUAUAGAAAGAUAUUGGUGCAGUAUACAAAAUAGCGAAAAAAAAAAUGGAGGGUGUGGUCUAUGGAAGAAACCACAUAAGAACACAUUUAGGAAUACUGAAGUUACUCGAAAUAUUAUUUUGUCUUCUUGGGGCCCUUUUGGUCGGCAUAGAGGCCAAUUGGAAAUCUGUGAUAACCACCGUGAACGCAUUUUAUGCAGCCACUGUUUUAGGACUUAUAAUUUCCGCGAUUAUCUUAUCGCUGAGCUGUAGUUCCACGUUGGGUUUAUAUUGCAACAAACUGCUUAGGAGACAAUUUUACAUACUGUUCUUCUUGUUUAUAUUCAAUCUAAACGUGUCUUCCUUGCUUAUAGAUAAGUUUCCGGAUAAUAAGGUUAUUGUAGCAGGAGGGGUUAUUGGUUUGUUGGCUGCGAUAAUUUACUUGAUAGAUGCCAUUCUAAGCUACAAGACUUAUGGGGUGACCCAUCUUUGCUGAACUAUGUGUUUUAUUAGUAAAUAAUGUAUAUAAUAUUUAUAAGUAAA